AUGGCAAAGUCUCGAUUUGCCAGCCAGUUGGCACAGGAUACCAAAGAGAUGGUAGAAUGGACACGUGAGCUCGUUGGUGCAUGCUGGCAAUACCAGACACCCUCUGGGGCGUUAUUCAACCACCCUCUAAACGAGGACUUUAUUGAUUCCUCUUGGACCGCGCUUCUCGCGUCGGCCACAUACCGCCUCGCCGUGCUUGAUGGAAACAAGACUCACAUUGCCCGCGCGGACUCUGCAGCCGAUUAUGUCGCGGCACAUAUCGACGGGGAUGGAGAGCUUCAUCAAGUUGUGAAUGGUACCAAUUGGAAUUUCCCCCAAGCGGAGAAGAGUGCGCAAGCCCAGGCGUUUGUACUGCUCAUGCAGGCCGCGAGGCGAGACUAUGGCACCUGGGAGUCUGGAGGUGGACAGCCUAUCCUUGGCACCUUGGUCUAA